AUGGAACAAACUUUACAGGAUGCCUUGGAGUGGGUGAAUGAUAUUAUUGAGUCUGUCCAGCAGCAGCCCCCUCCAGCGAGACCCGCAUCCAGUGGGGGAAAAUCUAUUCAGGAAAAACUGUAUGAGAUUUAUUUGGAGGAAUGCGAGAAAGAGCCUGAAACAGAGGGCCUUCGAAGCAAUGCCAACUUGCUAAGAAAGCUUAUGGAGAGAGAGGCGCUGCCGUGUUUAGUGGUCAACCUGCAUGCGGAAAAUCAGGGCUAUUCUCUCCUGCUCAAGGACAAAGACGGAGCCCUUAUAGAGCCCUUUCCAGUGCCCUAUGUAGGACAGCAACUGUACAAAUAUUUGGAGGCUGAAGAGUUGCAUCCUUUUCUGAUCGAUGCCCUGGAAAAAUCCCCUGUGAAUGUGUUUCACCAUGGCUGUGUCAUAGCAGAAAUCCGAGACUACAGGCAGUGCAGUGCUAACUACCCUCCUAGGGAGCCUGGUGAAGAGCCUGCUGUGUCAUCUACAGUGUCCUCGCCUGCUUACCAAAUGCGUCACGUUCUCUUACGUCCAACGAUGCAGACGCUAGUGAGUGACGUGGAGUCCAUAGCAAGAGACAACAGUCAGUGGACCCAGGAAGAAAAACGUGACCUUGGGGGCCAAAUGAUCCUGGCUACAGCAGAGCCACUGUGUCUGGACCCCUCUGUUGCUGUGACCUGCACGGCCAAGAGACUGCUGUUUAAUGAGCAGAAGAUGAACACUGACCCCAUGAGACAAUGCUUUAAGAGGCAUGCUGCAUGCUCUCUGGAUCCACAAGGGGUACCAUCUGGGUGUGUGUGUCCGCCUGACUCCACAAAAAUGAGUCCUUUCAAAAAGCAGGCACAAAUGAGAGCAGAUAACGCAUCUGAGCUGAAGAUUGGUGAAGCCGAGCCAUGGAAGCAGACCCUCUGUGAACUGGCGGUGCCUUCAGAAAUGGACAUGCCUUCUCUGUCCUUUGAUGAGUCAGAACCAACUGUCUCUGCAGUUCCUGAGGUAAAAUAUGAUUGUAUGUUUGAUUUUGAGGAUGACAGGCCAUUCUGGGAUAUGAGUCCAAGUAUCAUGAAGACCCUUGAUGGUCCACUUUUCGCUGAUGAAAUAGAGUCUCCUCCAGAGGGCAGAAGUGAUAGCACCAUGGAUUUCCCUCCCAUGUCCCUGAGUGAUUAUGUAGAUGAGUUCAUGGCUGGGAUAGACCCUGAGCCUACAAAGACAGUGGAUGUGUGCCAAGAGCCUGUCCAGAGCCAAGCCAGGUGUCCAGAUAAGAUGCCACAGGGGUUUGGUAGCUCAGUCUGCCUUCCUCAACCCUCCCCAGGGAAGAAGCCCACAACCAGCUUAGUGUUAUCCUCAGGGUUAGAGAAGGAAAGCAGACCCCCUCUGCCAGGACAGGGCUCCUCAGCUGUCAGUCCCAUGACACCACAGGCUGGCCAAGGCCUACCACCUGCUCCUAAAGCAGCCACUGAAGUUCCGCAGACCCCUGUGAAAAUGAGCAGGGUUAGCACCCUUCCUCCGGCUAUCAAACACAAAGCUAGGUCAUCAGAAAAGAACCCCCAGAUCCAACCCACCACCAGCACCACUAGUAUGAGUGUGAUCCGUAUAAGGUCUCUGCCAAACCCUUCUGGGUUGGUGGGGAAUUCAACCCAGGUCCUAGACAGCUCCAGUAGUGCCCGAGGUGCUGAGGGAAUCACUCCAAGUAGCCUUCUACCAAACAGAGAGCAGGUACCUGGGCCAGCACAGAGACCUGUGAAGCCACCUAUGCAACUCAUUAUAAAUAAUACAGCAAGUCCCCUAACCGUGAGGCUUCCCCCUGGUUCUAUCAUUUUGCGCCCACAGCCUAAAAAGUCAUCCCAGGGACAGCUGCAGCAGCCACAGCAAAUAUAUGUAUUGAUUCCAAAACAGCAUCAACCACCCAAGGCCACUGUUCCCCCACAGCGACAGCCAUUGCCACCAGCUUCCUCCCAAGGGUCUAACCAUCAGCAGGUGUCCUUGCCAGCUCAGCAAACUAGUCAGGUUAACACUGAGCAAACUGCUCACCUUAACACUGGGAGAAGCAGAGUGGUUCAACAGACCCAGACAUCAGUGGUGUGUGGGGUGGGUCCCACCCAGCAUAGUGACAGGCAGAGUGCUCCUUCCCAGGGCUUCCAGCUCUCUGCUACCCUGGUAGAGCAGGGGCAGACUCAGACCCAGAAUUUGCAGUUGAGAAUCAUACCACGCCUAAUGACUGUGUCCACAGAAGACAUUCAGCAGUCUGACUGUGGACCCGCACAUGGGGAACCCAGUGAGAGCAGAACAGGAGGGCCACCAAACACCCCAAAGUCCUAA